UUUGGUUCAUGGACACAUAAUGGAUUUGCAAUUGAUUUGCAAAUUGAUGCUGAUGAUAGCAAUUCAACACAUCAAAUGGAUAUCAGUGAUUAUGUUUUGAACGGUGAGUGGGAUUUGAUUGCAACACCUGCCGUACGUAAUGUUAAACGUUUCGUAUGCUGUCCAGAACCAUAUCCAACAAUUACAUUUUAUAUGCAUAUCCGUCGUCGGACAUUAUAUUAUGGUUUCAAUUUAUUAAUACCAAGCUUGCUAAUUUCAUUAAUGACUGUACUUGGCUUUACAUUACCACCAGAUGCUGGCGAAAAGAUUACAUUAGAAAUUACAAUUUUACUAUCAAUCGUAUUCUUUUUGAGUAUGGUUGCUGAAAUGACACCAUCAACAAGCGAAGCUGUACCAUUAAUUGGUGUAUUUUUCUCAUGCUGUAUGUUGGUUGUAUCAGCAUCUGUUGUUUUCACCGUUAUCGUCUUAAUUUGCAUUUUCGGACACCUGAAAGUUCGACGGAUAUUACUGGAAUGGCUUCCAUGGUUUCUAAUGAUGUCACGACCUGGUACGGUAUACAGUUGUGGUGAAGCAAUAACGGAUACAGAAACGGAAACAAGUAGUAGAACGAAAGAAGAUGAUUAUGGUUUAAUCGAUGAUGAAAUUUUAUUCGGACGAAGAAAUACAUCUGAUGUACAAACUUUAUUGCUUCAUCAACUUUAUCUAAAGUUGAAACAGUCAAUUGAACUCAAACUAUGA